AGCUACGGGUGGGCGGCGGGGAGGGGCGGCGCGCGGGCGGUGAGGAGCAGCGCGCGGGCUCCCCCGCCGGCCGCCGCCCGCGAGGCCCACGCGGCAGAGGAGGAGGCGGCGACGACACGGCAAAUUACUGAGGAUAUCACCAACGUCCAUAUAAACAAGAUAAUCACCAGGCAAAUUACUGCUGCUGCUACUACACCAUUUGUGCAUUUCCUCUUCUAUUAUCUUAGCUGCAGCUCGCACGCUUUGAGUACGUGCAUUGUUCAACUGCCAUUUCUCUCCUCAAUUCCAAAAAAAUAUAUUCACCUUUUUCUCAUUCGAGCUAAACCAUUUUGAUCAAUGGAAUUCGGACGAUCUCCAGCCCUUCUACUCCUUGUUGGGUUCCCAUGGUCGCAGCUGCAGUUCGGCGCUGAGGCAGCCGGCACGACGGUCUUCACGCUGCACAACAACUGCACCUACACCGUCUGGCCGACCACCUUGUCCGGAAACACCGCGGUGGUCGUCGGGGGGGGGCGGCUUCGAGCUGUCGCCCGGCGCCAACGUCUCGUUCCCAGCCCCGGAUGGUUGGUCCGGCCGCUUGUGGGCGCGCACGGACUGUGCACCCUCCGGCACCGCGUCCCUCGCCUGUGCCACGGGGACUUCGGCGGCGCCGUGAGUUGCUCCCUCGGCGGCGCGCCGCCCAUCACCCUCGCCGCGUUCACGCUGGGCGGUGCCGACGGGAAGGGCUUCUACGACAUGAGCCUCGUGGGCGGGGGCCGACGGGGGAGCCCGCGAGCCGCUCCUCCCCCCGCCGCCGCGUCGCCCCUCGCUGGCCGCUGACGCCCUCCUCCUCCCGCUGGCUGAGUCAGAGAAGGGAGAGAGAGAGAGAGAUGAGGAAGGGAGAGAAGAGGGGA